GCGGCUCCGGGCUCCAACAUUCAACACCAACACAUUUCAACUAUUUAUUCAGCCACUAUCGAGCAGCAGAUAUCUGGAUGUUGAAUGCGGAACAUUAUCAGGUGUAACUUAGAGAGGAGACUCGUGUGAUCCGGCUGAUAUUUCGGCGCAUCUGACGGAGAGAAGCAUGGUUGAUAACACAAGUAUAGCAACGAAAUCUGCUUUGCAAGCUUCUUUCUCCCCCGCCAGCAGCCUUCCCCUCCUGGCUUCCUCCGCCUCCUCUCACAGCGCCUUCCCCGGCUCCCAGGCUCAUCAGGCCGGCAGCGGCGGCAUGAAGCUGGAGGCGGUCAUGGAGAACCUGCAGAGGCAACAGGCUGCGCGGCUGGCCCUGGAGGAGAAGCUCCGACAGGCGGAGAAAGAGAAAGACAUCCGCUCUAUGAUGGAGACCCAGAUGCACCAGCAAGCCUUGGCUUUCCGCCACUACCAGGCGGCGGUGCGGGGCGCCUUGGCCGCCGGAGUUGCCAACUCGUCCCCCGGGGUGACGCUCCCUCACAUGGACGUGCGCCGGCAGGCGGAGAGAGCCGACGAGGACGGCGACACCUCCGGAGCCGGCGGUGACACAGCCGAGCGGGACGAUGACGGAGAUGAUUUGGAGGAGCAGGGGGUCAUGGAUGAAGAGGAGGAGGAUGAAGACAAGGAAGUGCAGGGCGGCUUGAGCCACUACCUGCACCGCCAGCCGAUGCUCCAGGGAGCCUGCCUGUCUCCAAAGAGCACCCCGAUGCAUCUGAUGUCCAGAGUCCCGCCGUCUUUCGCCUCGGCCCGGCAGGCAGAGUCUCCAGCUCCGCACCCUCAGUCCCAGCACCACGAGUGGACCUAUGAGGAGCAGUUUAAACAGGCAGACAGAGGCAGUGGACUGGCAGAGAGGAAGCUGGGAAAUUCAAGUGUCAGUGGCAGCUCCGCAUCUCUGAUUCAGGAGCUGUAUGAAUUGGACGAUGAUGAAAAGCGCAAAGAGUUUCUUGAUGACCUUUUCAGUUUCAUGCAGAAAAGAGGGACUCCAGUGAAUCGGAUUCCUAUCAUGGCCAAGCAGGUGUUGGAUCUCUACAUGCUCUACAAGCUCGUCACCGAAAAAGGCGGCUUAGUGGAAGUCAUCAAUAAGAAAAUAUGGCGUGAGAUCACCAAAGGCCUUAACCUCCCUACCUCGAUUACCAGUGCAGCUUUCACUCUCCGAACACAGUACAUGAAGUAUCUCUACCCAUAUGAAUGUGAAAAGCGGGGACUGAGCUCCCCUGGUGAGCUUCAGGCAGCUAUUGACAGCAACCGGCGGGAGGGCCGGCGCCAGAGCUACGGCUCCGCCAUCUUCAACUACUCUCCUGUCGGCACUCCCACCCUCCUGUCUUCCCCAAAGAUGCAGAUGCCCCACCUACCCAUGUCCACUCACAACGGUGGCCAUAUCUCUCAGGCGCCCAUGAUCAAGAAAGAGGAGCCCAUGAUGGCCAGCUGCCUGCCCAGCCGCGUGGCCAUGCCCAUGUCUCUCGGUGGCCACCAUGCAGCAGCAGUGGCGGCCCAGGCAGCUGCAGCUCAGGCAGCUGCGGCUGUUCAGGCAGCGGCUCUGGAGCAGCUGAGAGAGAAGCUGGAAAGUGGUGAACCACCAGAGAAGAAGAUGAUGAUGGUGGCAGAGGAACAGCAGAGGAUCAUGCAACAUGCACUUCAGCAGAACCUGCUGGCCAUGGCCUCUCAGCUGCCCAUGAACAUCAAACUCAACAACAGAGAUGAUAGACAAGAGACCGCAUUGAACCUGUCUACCAACGGCAUUAGCAGCAUCAACAUGUCAAUAGAAAUAAAUGGAGUUGUCUACACAGGCAUCCUGUUUGCUCGGCGGUCAGCCAUAGCAGGGAUGACAGGACAUCAUGGAAACCACAGCAACUCUCAGGCUCAGGGAAAGACCAGUCCACAGAUGCAGCCAUCCUGCUCCUCUUCCUCCUCGUCCACCUCCUCCUCCUCCUCACUUCAUGGACACGGAAACUCCUCCCCCUGAGUUCCCCUGCCCACCUCAGCCCCUCCUCAGCGACCACCCUGGAGGGGGAUCUUAUUUCGUUCCCAAAGACACCAAGCAGUUGCAGACACCCUGAGAGAAACUCAUUGUUUUUGAAGGUGGCUUCUCUCCAUCCCAUUGAUCAGAUUCCUUGUAGGUCAGCUGAAAACAGAUUGAAAAGCAACAAACUCUUAUUUACAAACUAAAUACUUUGGCAGUAAAAGAUGUGCUUGUCCUUACCCCCUUUUACCCCCCUUACUCUGAAUAAUAGUGUGUUUAGAGGACAUUUUACCUUUGUGUGUUAAGGCUAUAUAUGAUCUCGGCUGUCUUUCACUUCCUUAAAGACAUCGGUCUGGAACAGCUCAGCAGCACGGCGGCCCAUCAACUCAAGGUGCAGCCUGGACAAAGCCAAAUGAAGACUUCCUUUGCUGCACCAUUUCAAUCAGAAGAUGAGGCUGUGCUGAUCAUCUAACCUCAAGCAAGAAAUGUUAAUCGAUCGGUUAAGUUUGUUGGCAUUAUCAAAGACUAAUGAAACUCGCUGCUUACAGCUAAAACCAAAGAAGAGAGCAGAUCUGAAAAUGUACUGAGCACAACACUGGCACAGCAGUCGCAGCAUUUAAAGAGAGCUUUAGCACCAAUGAUCAAACCAGAGGAAUAGAGCAAGAAUACGGUCAAGCAGACAAAGCACAUCCUAGGAAGGAAACCAUGGCGGCAGUGU